CCCGAAGACAGCUGGGAUAGGCUCCAGCACCCCAUAGUGUGUGUACUAUGAUACUAGCAUCCGAGUGGCUUUUUAAAGGUAUUGCUGGAGUAAAUACAUGUUGUGUAGUAUGUGUGUUUAAAGUUGUUGUUGCUGUUUUACGUUAUAUUACAAUUUGUUUAAUUCAAGUUGCGACUACCAUCCUAAUGUGUUUGGCUACUUAAAGUAGGAAUAUGUGGCAAUUUUCAAUUCUAAAGAUCAUGUUGACGACACACCGCCUUGCUAUAGCAGCUUCCACAUUCCAUUCAAAGUCUAUAAUAUUGCUUAGAAUGCAAAUGAGUUAUGAUUUGUGUGUAAUUUAAGUGUCACAUUAUUUAUCAUUCCGGGCACAGCCUUAAUCACUAAGUCGGUAUAAGUACAGUCAGUACUUUCACAAAACUGAGGCAGCCAGCCCCAUCUUUUACUAAUGCAGACAAGCACACAAUUCAGCAACUACACUGCGCUUCCAACUGCAGGCUGCACUUUCUGGCUGCACAUCUCAACAGAGAAAGCGAAUAUGAGGACGGACAAGUCUUAUUUUUCCUUCUCUGUGUUGCUGCCGAGGGUUAUUCACACUGGACAGCCGUCUAACACACUGCAUUACUGUGCAGUCAAAUCAAAUCAGCUGUGCAUGCAAGCUCAUACUGUAUGUGAGGAUAUACAGGGGUCUGCAAAGGUUACGUCAGUACACACACUGCUGUGUUAAAGGGUGUUGGAAGAUGUGUCUCUGUGAGUUAACCUGCCAUAAAUGUCAGGAACUUGUGUGUGCUCUGUGCCAAACUGUGUGUUUUGAUGAUAAUAAUAAUAAUAAUAAUUCAAAAAAUGAUACAAAUUGGAAUGAACAGUCGAUAUUUAAAAUUGAUAGCUUAUAUUUACCGUAUGUCUGUGAAAGCAGCAGUGGAAUAUUACUGUUGCUACAGUAACCUCUGCUAUCUAUACUCUUGCAGUUCAGUUAAACGGAACAUGUAGUCUCAAAUUACCGGUGUAAAAACACCAUGAAUUGCCAGGCAGGAAUGUGGGUGGCAAUUACAGUGAAAUAAUAAACCAGUUUUAUAUAUUAAUGAACGCUAAUGCACUGUACUACAAUGCAAUCGUGACGAUUUAAUUUACGGGAUGCGUGUGAACUCAGCACUAUGUUACCUUUGCUGACCUACGAGAUUCAACUAUUAGGUGAAAAUAGAUACAUUAUCAAGAAAUACAGAUAUAAGAAGUUGGGUAGUGUACGGUAAAAUGUCAGGUUAGAGGGUAGGAGUGUUAUUAGAAAAAAUAAAUUCACUCGUUUCAUGUGCUAAAGUCAUGAUUGGGUGGGGAAAAUAUAAUUUACGUUGUUCAAGUGAAAGCAGCACGGGGGUGGGAACAUUCCCGAGUGCUUUACUUGCACUUACUACCUGCAAACUCGAACAUUUUAUUAUACAUAACAGUGCAAAAAACUAAUCUUGACAGCUUUAGUCGGUGACGGUGAUGUAAAAACUUUACUUUUUACAUUACUUUAAAAAUUACUUGAUUGUUGCUGAGUUGCUUCUUGAGCAGGUGUGUUGCAUUAGGCCAUUGAUUAGUCGCCAUUUUUAAAAGACACAGGAAGCAAGAUGGUGUACUUUUUGCUGCAGGCUACUCUUAACUGUCUAGCUAGGCAUGUGGACUGGACUGUCAGGGGUCUGGAAUGUUAUAUCCCUACCUGAGCUGCCUUGGAAUUCCCAGAAUUUGACCAGAAAUUCCACAAGAAAUGUCAUGUAUUUUGCUUGUGCCUAUGACCUCGAGACGCCACAGAAAUAAGGAGCCAUAUUUGAUGAGUCGGCACGUAAGGACGACGAAGUGUUUCGCCUUGCGGUGGCGGACCUCAACCUGAAUAACGAGAUCCUGGAGACGGAGAAGAUCACCAUCUCUGUGGAAUUCGUAGACGGGAACAACCCUUUCCAGGCCGUGCAAGAAGCUUGCGAGCUGAUGAACCGCGGCAUCCUGGCCCUGGUCAGCUCCAUCGGCUGCAUGUCGGCCGGCAGCCUCCAGACUCUGGCCGACGCCAUGCACAUCCCCCACCUCUUCAUUCAGCGCUCCACAGCGGGCACACCUCGCUCGGCCUGCCCGCCCACCAGCCGCAGCCACGGGGCCGACGACUACACGCUGAUGGUGCGCCCGCCCGUUUAUCUCAACGAGGUCAUCAUGCAGGUGGUGUCCGAGUACAGCUGGCAAAAGUUUGUGCUUUUCUACGACUCGCAUUUUGACAUCCGCGGCAUCGAGGACUUCCUGGACAGCGCCUCCCACCAGGGCAUGGACGUGUCAUUGCAGAAGGUGGAGUCCAACGUCAACAUGAUGAUCACUAGCCUGUUCAGGACCAUGCGAGUGGAGGAGCUGCAUCGCUACCGGGACACGCUGCGUAGAGCCGUGCUCUUCAUGAGCCCGGCCACCGCCAAGGCGUUCAUCUCUGAGGUGGUGGAGACCAACUUGGUGGCGUUUGACUGCCACUGGAUCCUCAUCAAUGAGGAGAUCUCCGACUACGACCUACAGGACUUGGUGAUGAAGUCGGUGGGCCGGUUGACGGUGGUGCGUCAGACGUUCCCCAUGCCGCAGAAUACGACCCAGCGCUGCGUCAAGCACAACCAUCGGAUUAAUACGUCCCUCUGCGACCCCAAGAGCCCCAAGGCUCAGCAGCUGGAGAUCACCAACCGCUACAUUUAUGACUCGGUGCUGCUGCUCGCCAACACUUUCCACAGGAAGUUGGAGGACAGGAAGUGGCACAGCAUGGCCAGUCUCAGCUGUAUCAGGAAAAACUCCAAACCCUGGCAAGGGGGGAAGAGCAUGCUGGAUACUGUCAAAAAGUUUGGAGUGAGCGGACUCACCAGUUUCCUGGAGUUCACCGACAACGGCACCAAUCCCAACAUCUUCUUUGAGAUCCUGGGGACAAACUACGGAGAGGACAGAGGGCGGGGAGUCAGCAGGCUGGCUACAUGGGAUCCGGUCCACGGCCUGAAUGGCACUUUGACAGACAGGAAGUUGGAGAACAACAUGCGAGGAGUGGUGCUGAGAGUCGUCACUGUCCUGGAGGAGCCGUUCGUCAUGGUCUCUGAGAACGUUCUGGGCAAACCCAAGAAGUAUCAAGGCUUCUCCAUCGACGUCCUGGACGCUCUGUCUAACUACUUGGGUUUCAAAUACGAGAUCUACAUCGCGCCGGACCACAAGUAUGGCAGCAUGCAGCCUGACGGACAGUGGAACGGACUGAUGGGGGAACUGGUUUUUAAGCGGGCCGACGUUGGACUCUCCGCCCUGACCAUCACGCCGGAGCGCGAGAGCGUCGUGGACUUCACCACGCGCUACAUGGACUACUCGGUGGGCGUCCUGCUGCGUAAGGCUGAGCGUACGGUGGACAUGUUCGCCUGCCUGGCGCCCUUCGACCUGUCUCUGUGGGCGUGCAUCGCGGGUACCGUGCUGCUGGUCGGCAUCCUGGUCUACUUACUCAAUUGGCUGAACCCGCCUCGGCUACCCAUGGGGUCGGUGUCGUCCACCACGCUCUACAACUCCAUGUGGUUUGUGUACGGAUCCUUCGUACAGCAAGGUGGAGAGGUGCCUUACACCACCCUGGCAACACGAAUGAUGAUGGGUGUUUGGUGGAUGUUCGCUCUCAUCGUCAUCUCCUCCUACACAGCCAAUCUAGCAGCCUUCCUGACCAUCACGCGUAUAGAGAACUCCAUACAGUCCCUCCAGGACUUGUCCAAGCAGACCGAGCUUCCUUACGGCACCGUGUUGGACUCUGCCGUGUACGACCAGGUGCGCUCCAAAGCCAUGAACCCUUUCGAGAGAGACCCCAUGUACUCACAGAUGUGGCGCAUGAUCAACCGCACGGGGGGCGCCGAGAACAACGUGGAAGAGUCCAAGGAGGGCAUCCGAAAGGUGAAGUACGGCCGUUUUGGUUUCGUGUGGGACGCAGCGGUGCUGGAGUAUGUCGCCAACAACGACGAGGAUUGCUCCUUCUACACGGUGGCCAGUAACGCACCGGAUCGGGGCUACGGCAUCGCUAUGCAGCACGGAAGUCCCUAUAGAGAUAUUUUCUCCCAGAGAAUCUUGGAGCUUCAGCAGAACGGUGACAUGGAUAUACUCAAACUGAAAUGGUGGCCCAGGGACAGUCCGUGUGACCUGUACAGCUCGGUCCAGUCCCGGCAGCACAGCAGCGCUCUGGACAUCCACAGCUUUGCCGGCGUCUUCUGCGUCCUGGCGGCCGGCGUGGUGCUGUCUUGUCUCAUAGCCAUGGUGGAAAGCUGGUGGUCUCGGAGGAAGGGAUCCAGGGUCCCCUCCAAGGAGGACGAUAAGGAGAUCGACCUGGAGCACCUACACCGCAGGGUUAACAGCCUGUGCACAGAGGAUGAAAGCCCCCACAAGCAGUUCUCCACCUCUUCCGUCGAUCUGACGCCCCUGGAUAUGGAUGCCCUCCCGGCCGCCCGCCAGGCCUUGGAGCAGAUAAGCGAUUUCCGCAACACUCACAUCACGACCACGACCUUCAUCCCCGAGCAGAUCCAGACCCUCAGCCGCAGCUUGUCCGCCAAAGCCGCCGCAGGGUUCUCGGCUGGUUUCGGUGUCGGCGGCGGAGGCGGACUACAGGACCACCGGACUGGCGGGGUCGGGCCUUUCAGGCAGAGGGCCCCCAACGGCGGCUUCUUCCGCAGCCCCAUUAAAACAAUGUCCUCCAUUCCUUACCAGCCCACGGGCCCCGGACCCAACUUUGGAUAUGGCAACGACCCAGAUAGGGGUACUUCCAUAUAAGUGGUUUGGAGGUUUCAGGGAAGAGUGGAAGUGGUUUUUGGUGGGCGUCGCAAAGUAAACAAAAUGGCGGAUAGACAUCUGAUCUGUGUACAUAGGAUCUUUUACUGUUUUAGUUUGCAUUUUAUAUAAGAAAUGGAGGACGGGUCCUGCUUGGACGUUUCUUGUCUUUCUUUUUUUUUUUUUUUUUUUUUUGCUUUAUCGAUGUUGUUAUUGUGAGGAGAUAAUUUUGGGUGCGUGUGUGGUCUUUUUGCUUGCUAACACGAGGACCGACGUGAAAAACCACCCCUGAAGAACUCUUCGGUGCAGCCAUGAAACUACAAAAAUGAUUCCCAAGCCUAUAUAGAAUCUAUAGUUUUGUUCGAUUCCCCCCCAUUUCCCACCUUCUGGAGCCAAGACCAGACAACUGGUGGUGCGUCAGAGGGUCUUAAGUCUUAACGAUACUGUAGAAAAACCCGCCGGUAUUGAACUGUUUCCGACGUUUUUGGUGCAUCCGGCAUCCGUAUGGACUCGAAGAGAAUUCCUUGAGAAUUCCGCUGCACUGCACCAGUGCCCACAGACAUGUAAGCGAUUGUAUGUAGACAUGAUUUUUUUUUUUUUUUCCUGCUUUUCCGAGUCACGGUGAGACCUUUCAAUCGGACUCUUCGGAUGCUACAAAUUCAAAAGGGAAGAUAACGGGAAUAAGCGGACAACAAAACGUCAAAGGAUUUCCAAGCAGAGGUUUAUUAUAUGUCUUUUAAUGAGAUUCCGGAAAAAAAAAAAACAUUUUACUGCGUGGAAUGUGUUUUUUGGUCAGGAAAAAAAAAGAACCUUGUUCUCAAGCUGUUUAAUUGUUUGAGCUGCUGUAAGUUGUUUUUUUUUUUUUCAAACUUAUAAUUUUCAAGAUUUUCCAACGUCAUAUCAUCUUUAAGUACGUUUAUUCUCUUCAUGUAUGCAUCGAGUGGAUAAAACUGACGCCAUUACCGAGUCGCUUUAACCCCACCACCACCAAAAUAU